CUUAACAUUGAGAAUUCUCCAAAGGCAAAACACAUUUUAAAAGUUAAACAACAGUCCUGCCCUAUAUCAAUAGGCCAUGAUAUUCAGCCAUAGAUCUAGGUCUACGUGUUUAUAGUAUUAAAAUUACGCACAAAAAAGGAACAAUAAAGACGUAGUUAAUGCAUAGUUUUCCUUUAAUUAAGAAUAAUAUGGCGGCUGCAGCUGCGACAAGGAAAAUUAUCCAAGCAGUCAAGCCUCAUGUUCCUUCAAUCAAAUUUCCACCCAGAGAUACUGCCAAGAAAUUUUCUGGAGACAAGGGAUCAACAACGGCUAAUAUCACUCAAGGAAAAUCUGAAAGCCUGGCUACACCUAAGGGACAUAAAUCACCUUCCUCUGGACAAAGCAUAGAAUCAUUUCAACUUCCACUGAAAUACCAUCGGAAACCCUUGUCAAAUGAAGAAAUGGAAGCUAUUGAGAAAGGGGGCAGAGUAUGAUUAAUCAAAUACAGGAAGUAUAUGGAUCUUAGUAACUAAUUAGUGUGUGUGAAUAAAUGGUUUUUAGCCAUGUGAUGUAUGGUUUAAUAAAAAAAAACAGUGUACAUAUUUUGACAAUUUAUGAUAAAUUUGUUGAGGCUUGAUUUAAAAAUGAAGCCACCAAUAAAAAAUUGAGUGAUUAUUA